GCCCCUCCCUUGGCGGAGGCGCGCGGCGCGGAGGACCGCACGGCUAGUGGGGGGGUGAAGUCAGGUGGCCGCUGCCGCCACCACCACCACGGUUUGUCUCCAGAAGGAAGAUGGCGGAUCUAGACGAGCAGUUGUCUGACGAGGAGAAGGUACGUAUAGCAGCAAAAUUCAUCAUCCAUGCCCCUCCUGGAGAAUUUAAUGAAGUUUUUAAUGAUGUUCGGUUACUGCUUAAUAAUGAUAAUCUCCUCAGGGAAGGAGCAGCCCAUGCAUUUGCACAGUAUAACUUGGAUCAGUUUACUCCAGUAAAAAUUGAAGGUUAUGAAGAUCAGGUGUUGAUAACAGAACAUGGUGACUUGGGGAAUGGAAAGUUCUUGGAUCCAAAAAACAGAAUGUGUUUCAAAUUUGAUCACUUGAGAAAGGAAGCAACUGAUCCAAGACCCUUUGAAGCAGAAAAUGCAAUUGAAUCAUGGAGAAAUUCGGUAGAUACUGCUCUGCGAGCCUAUGUAAAAGAACAUUAUCCAAAUGGGGUCUGCACUGUGUAUGGCAAAAAAAUAGAUGGACAGCAAACCAUUAUUGCAUGCAUAGAAAGCCAUCAAUUUCAAGCAAAAAAUUUUUGGAAUGGUCGUUGGAGGUCAGAAUGGAAGUUUACAGUCACUCCCUCAACCACCCAAGUGGUUGGCAUCUUGAAAAUUCAGGUUCAUUAUUAUGAAGAUGGUAAUGUUCAGCUAGUGAGUCAUAAAGAUAUACAAGAUUCCCUCACAGUGUCUAAUGAGGUGCAGACAGCAAGAGAAUUCAUAAAGAUUGUAGAAGCUGCAGAAAAUGAAUACCAGACUGCCAUCAGUGAGAAUUACCAGACAAUGUCGGACACUACUUUCAAAGCCUUACGCCGACAGUUGCCAGUGACACGCACUAAGAUUGACUGGAACAAGAUACUUAGCUACAAGAUUGGCAAAGAAAUGCAGAAUGCAUAAGACGAACAUUGCAUGACCGGAUCGUUUUAGUGUCUUUGCGUUUAAAAAAAUUAUUGCAAAAGUAUUCUGAACUGUCAAGCUGCCCAGUCAGAUGGGCUAUUGCCAUUUAAAAUCACUGUAAUUAGUUUGGUUAGAGCACAGAGCUUAGCUAAUCAACCAUUAUUUUUCAUUUCUUUUGUUCAAAGAAUUGAAAAUGAAUUUUGUUUAAAUGUAUUUUACUUUCUGUUGCUCCUUUCUUACAAUGAAGAGGUGAUUCCUCUAGGUUAUGCUUAAAAGUUUUUGAAGUAUUUCAAAAGUAUUUUACUUACUGUAACCCUAAAAUUUUUUUUUUGACUUAUGAAAUGGGUAACUUUUGAUAUUAGCCCAAUUCUUUUUAGUGGAGUCAAUAAUGGACAUUAGCUGAAGGUGGUUGAUGGACUUAGCCAUAUAUGCUGCUGAAGAAAUUGUCUACCUUUUCCCCCCCUCACCUCUUCCACUAGUAAGACUGAGAUUCGAGGGAAAGCGUUUUUCUAUAUCAAUUAUGUUGAAACCUUUCUAUAAGGUUAUUUAGCUAGCUUAGUGUUUAACUAAACUUUUUUUUAAAAACAACGCCAAGGUCUAUUGCUGUUUUGAGAUUCUGAAAUCAAAUGAGAAUACUUAUUUCAGAAAUGCAUUUAAUGCUUUUUUCUGUGACAGUUAUGCAAAUUAGCUUGAAUUCCAUGUGUCCCUGAGUUAUUUUUAUCACAAAGCCACAAAUGUAUUAUAAUAAGGUAAAUUGUAAUAUAUAUAAUCCUGAACUCAUGACCAUGUCUCAGUUUGUUUUUUCCUUGGAUUGAAAAGUACUGAAUUUCAAUGUGACAUUAAAAUACAAAUUUUCCUAUUUAUUUGAGUCAAAAAUCACCAGUAAGUCAUAUACUAUUUUAAGACACUUUCUUUGGAUAUUGUAAUUCUUAAAAGGUUGUAAAUUAGAAAAAUUGGGAGGUACAUAUGGUAUGCAAUUACAGUCUUAAGUUUUUCCAUCUUCCUAUGCAUCAUGAGCAUGUUUGUAAUAUUUUAAAAAUAGAUUUACUGAUACUACAGCAAUUUCAAGCCUGUGGUGAAUAUUGGUAUUUACUAUAAGGAGUUGGAUAUAUGAUUUCAUUGAGUAGUUCUGCUUCUUAUACUCAAGUGAAAUCCAUUCCUCAUGUACUCCUGCAGACAUCUGGGCCUGGAAAUGUUUUUUUUUUUUUUUAAAGGAAAAAAAAAAACACCACUUUUAUUAUGUAUAAUAAACUAUUACAUUAGCUUGAA